AUGCCCAAGAUGAUCUCCACUGAUGCCAUUCACGCUCAAAAACUUAGUCAUGGUACCUUUAUAUAUAGACCUACUGAUGAAGAGCUCAGCAAGGGUACAUUUGUGGAGAAAGUUUCGAACUUUGGUGAAAACUUAUACUGGAUGUACUACAUACAUUUGCCAUACUACUUGAUGACUUCGGGUGACGCAUUUUGCCUGCACUCCUUCUUUUUGGGAAUGUUCACGCUAGGAUUAUUUGGACUUGUCAAGUACAUGUUCCUGUGA